AGUGUGUAUUGCGAUAUGACCACAAUGGGUGGGGGAUGGACGGCAAUUCAGAAACGCAUAGACGGAUCCGUGAUCUUUGGCAGGAACUGGAUGGAUUAUAAGAAUGGUUUUGGUUCACCAGAACAGAAUGUCUGGAUUGGAAAUGACGUAAUCCAUAAAUUAACAAAAAAAAACACCUCAUCCCUGUAUGUGUCCAUCACUCUCCAGAAUGGUUCAACUCCGUAUGAAAUGUACGACCGAUUUUCUGUCUCCGACGAAGCAGGAAAAUAUCAACUCUUUCUUGCAGGACCUGCCAUGGGAACUUUAGGUAAGUCUUGGGUUUCCUGA